AUGGGCAUACUUUUUGCGAAGGUGGGCUCACCGAAGUUGACCGGCAUCAAGACGCCGACUGGCCAACUAUGUGACUCUGGCGGACAGUUCUGGUGCCUGGCUGGCGAGGUUGUGCCAUCGCCUCGCCCAUUGGCCGGUCGCGGCGGACUCUGGCCUCAACCCGUCCGUUGCUGCCUGCGUCUGUCCUCCGACUGGUCUCGUCUGCAUGCACCAGGGUGCUGGGCACAGUGGCAGGACGCGUCAUACCGCUUCUCGCGCCAGCACCGACGCACAACACCGAGUCUGCCGGUGUGCCACCAGUCGACGAAUCCUCCGCUCCACAGUCCGAGUCCCCACCUCGCCGCGCUGACCGCCCCGGCGCUGGCCAUUCGCCAUUCGCCAUUCGCCAUUCGCCAUUCGCCAUUCGCCAUUCGCCGCUCGUCCCUCGUCACACUCCCCUCCAGCCGCAUGCUUCGGCGUCCGUCUCGCCGCGCUCGCCGUCUCGCCGUCGCCAUGGACGGCGGUCGUGAGGGCUUCGGACCCGGUCUCGGUCUCGGCCUCGGAUUGGUCGGGCUGCUGCUGCUCGUCGCCGGGCCUGCCGGGGCGCAGGGCCAGCGCACUCUGCUCGUGUACGAGGGCCAGAACGUGCGGUUCGUCUGCAACGCCAGCCGCCUGAAUGCCGGACUGCCGGGCGGGCGGGACGUGAACUACCAGUGGGAGUUCAACGACGACCUGAUCAUCGCGACCGGCGAGCACUUCGCCAUCCGCAACAUCCGCAAAGCCGACGAGGGCCAGUACAAAUGCAAAGUGACCGCCUUCCUCGACGGCCGCGUCGUCGCCGGCGAAGAGUCGACGGUGGUGAGUGUGCGAAAAAGUGAGUCUGCCCCCUUGUUGGCUCCGCGGCCAACAAUCCCGUCGACCUACAACAACCACAAGUUGCCAUAG